AUGGCCCAGCACCAGCAACCUUCGCCCACCACGGGCAUGCCCCUACACCAUGUAGGCCAGCAUCCAGCCCACGCGCAGGUCAACGGACAUCCGCCCCACGCAAAUCAGCCAAAGACCCCGUCGCAGUACUUGGGACAGCUGACCGAGGCUGUCUGGACUCAGAUGGGUUCCCUCUCCGAGCAAAUGCAGGACUACGAUGGUGCUAUGCAGUGCUACGAGCAAGCCUUGAAGUUCAACCAGUGGUCUGUACCAGCCAUGCAGGGCAUUGCCUGUAUUCUGCGUACCAAAGAUGCUUUCCCAGCCGCUGUCGAGUAUCUGCGCACCAUUCUCAAAGUCGACUCGACCAACGGUGAUGUCUGGGGUAGCCUCGGACACUGCUACUUGAUGAUGGAUGACUUGCAGCAGGCCUACUCGGCCUACCAGCAGGCACUUUACCAUCUUCAAGAUCCCAAGGAGCCCAAGCUCUGGUACGGAAUUGGCAUACUCUACGAUCGCUAUGGAUCGCUGGAACAUGCCGAAGAGGCUUUCUCGCAAGUCAUGCGCAUGGAGCCGACGUUCGAAAAGGCCAACGAGAUCUACUUCCGUCUUGGCAUAAUCUAUAAGCAACAGCAAAAGUUCAACCAAAGUCUAGACUGCUUCAAAUAUAUUGUCACCAACCCGCCUCGCCCACUGACCGAGGAAGACAUCUGGUUCCAGAUCGGUCACGUGUACGAGCAACAGAAAGAGUUUGAAGCAGCCAAGAGCGCCUACCGUCGGGUCCUUGAGCGCGAUCCCAAUCACGCCAAGGUGCUGCAACAGCUGGGAUGGUUACACCACCAGCAAAGCACCAAUUAUGCAAGCCAGGAACAGGCCAUCGAAUAUCUCGAAAAAUCUGUCAACUCAGAUCAAACCGAUGCUCAGAGUUGGUACUUGCUGGGCCGCUGCUACAUGUCACAGCAGAAAUACCCCAAGGCGUAUGAGGCCUAUCAACAAGCCGUGUACCGUGACGGACGGAACCCAACGUUCUGGUGUAGCAUUGGUGUUCUGUAUUACCAAAUCAACCAGUACCGCGACGCUUUGGACGCGUAUUCCCGAGCAAUUCGCCUGAACCCCAACAUAUCCGAAGUUUGGUACGAUCUCGGCACAUUGUACGAAUCCUGCAACAACCAAACUGCCGAUGCGCUCGACGCAUACCAGCGCGCGGCCGACCUAGACCCGUCCAACAUCCACAUCAAGGCUCGCCUGCAGCUUCUGCAGAAUGGGCAAACUUCUGCUGGAGCCCCCAACCAGGGCAAUGCCCCGAUCCCGCAGGAUGUACAUCCCCAAGCCUACCAACCUGCAUCGGUUCAUGGUCCUACUGCUCCACAAUGGGGUGCUCCCCAGCCUCAGCAGCCUCCCCAAGGCCCUGCUCCCCCGGCCAUUGCACCUGGAUGGGACCGACCGCUCGCUCAAAUCCGCGAGCCUGGCCUCCCACCUCAGCAGUUGAACCCAUAUGAGCAGCGUGAGGCUAUUCGUCCUCCUACUCAUGCGCCUCCCAGACCUGUCAGCCCAAGACAGGAGGCACCCAGGUCAUACGCAGAGCCACCUCGUCCUCCCACCAACGGACCUGGUCCUCAAGGUCCAGCUGGUCCCCCACCUCCAGGACCAAUGCGUCGCGGCAUGUCGCCUUCUCCAAAAACACACCAUGUCGCGCCUAGCCCCUACCACCCUCAACCACCACCACAGCUCACCCCACAGGCGACUCAUGCGCAGCCGCAACUGCCACCUCAGCAGCAGCAGUCUCAGGUACCGCCGCAGCCCAACCGGAUCUCGAACCCCAACUACGGUCCCCAUGCUGGCAGUGUGCCACCCCCCCCACCUCCUCCACCUACAGGUCUUGGUGGGCCGCCAACUCAGGCUCCUGCCCCAAGCGUGUUGCCUCCCUACGCUGUUCGUCCUGCCAGCCCUCCCCCAGAAGUCCGCCCGAUCGUCGAGAACCGAGCGGCUUCUCCACGCAAUGGGUACCAGGGGCCAUACCAGCACCAUGCUGACCCCUCUGCCACUGGUGGUAUUGCCAGUGGUGCUCCUCCGCCAGCCUCUGCUCAAGCAGCAGCGGAGCAGGCAGCUCGUGAUCGCGAGGAGCGCCCACCAACCGCACCUCCAAAGCGACACCGCGAAUGGGAAGACAGUGAGCACAUUGCGAAGCCUCCAAGCAACGAGGAAAAGCGCCAAAAGAUGGAAGAGCCUCACAGCCGCCGUCCAACACCCCCUCAUCGCAUGUCGUCGCCGCAAGUGCCUCGUCACAGCCCACAAGACGGCCCCGACCCUCGCCGUUUCAACGAUGGUUACCACCCGUCUGAGGCCGCUCAUCAUCCACCAUCGCUUCCCCCAAUGACAACUACGCGACCAUUGUCUCGCAUGUCAGAAACACCAAAACAGGAGCGGGCUGAGCGGCCGAUUGAGCGACCAAUCGAGCGACCUGAACACCAUGAGCCGGCUGCUCGCCACAUGGAUGUUGAUGAGAACUACGAUGAUGAAGGCGAUGAAGUCAAAGCAAAUGGCGCCAAAUCCGAGCGAAGCAGCCCACGCACUGCGCCUACCAACGGCGUCUCCCAUGCUCCUGCUGUCGUAGAGCAGAAGGCGCAAGGAGCUUAA